AUAUUAUACAAUAUUAUUAUAUUGUAUUAUUAUUAUUAGCCGCCCUGAGUCUCCUAUUGGGUGAGAAGGACGGGGUAAAAAUACUGUAAUAAAUAAAUAAAUAUUAUAUUGUAUUACAUUAUAAUAUUAUUAUUAAUAUUAUAUGUAUACACAAUAUAUUAUAUUAUUACCAUAUCAUUCAUUUACAACAUUUCGUCAACUCCAUGAACUCCAUAGAUUACUUAGACUCUGUAGACCUUAUAGAUCUCAUAGACUCCAUAGAUUCCAUUGACUCCAUAGAUGUCACAAUCUCCCUAGUUUCCAUAGGCUUCAUAGUUUCCAUAGACUCCAACGAUUACACAGACCCUGUAGACUUUAUAGACCUCAUAGACUCCAUGGACUCCAUAGACUUCAUAGUCUCCCUAGUCUCAAUAGACUUCAUAGUUUCCAUAGACUCCAACGAUUACAUAGACUCUGUAGACUUUAUAGACCUCAUAGACUCCAUGGACUCCAUAGACUUCAUAGUCUCCCUAGUCUCAAUAGACUUCAUAGUUUCCAUAGACUCCAACGAUUACAUAGACUCUGUAGACUUUAUAGACCUCAUAGACUCCAUGGACUCCAUAGACUUCAUAGUCUCCCUAGUCUCAAUAGACUUCAUAGUUUCCAUAACUCCAACAAUUACAUAGACUCUGUAGACUUUAUAGACCUCAUAGACUCCAUGGACUCCAUAGACUUCAUAGUCUCCCUAGUCUCAAUAGACUUCAUAGUUUCCAUAGACUCCAAAGAUUACACAGACCCUGUAGACUUUAUAGACCUCAUAGACUCCAUGGACUCCAUAGACUUCAUAGUCUCCCUAGUCUCAAUAGACUUCAUAGUUUCCAUAGACUCCAAAGAUUACACAGACCCUGUAGACUUUAUAGACCUCAUAGACUCCAUGGACUCCAUAGACUUCAUAGUCUCCCUAGUCUCAAUAGACUUCAUAGUUUCCAUAGACUCCAAAGAUUACACAGACCCUGUAGACUUUAUAGACCUCAUAGACUCCAUGGACUCCAUAGACUUCAUAGUCUCCCUAGUCUCAAUAGACUUCAUAGUUUCCAUAGACUCCAACGAUUACAUAGACUCUGUAGACUUUAUAGACCUCAUAGACUCCAUGGACUCCAUAGACUUCAUAGUCUCCCUAGUCUCAAUAGACUUCAUAGUUUCCAUAACUCCAACAAUUACAUAGACUCUGUAGACUUCAUAGACCUCAUAGACUCCAUGGACUCCAUAGACUUCAUAGUCUCCCUAGUCUCAAUAGACUUCAUAGUUUCCAUAGACUCCAAAGAUUACAUAGACUCUGUAGACUUUAUAGACCUUAUAGACUCCAUGGACUCCAUAGACUUCAUAGUCUCCCUAAUCUCAAUAGGCUUCAUAGUUUCCAUAGACUCCAACGAUUACAUAGACUCUGUAGACUUUAUAGACCUCAUAGACUCCAUGGACUCCAUAGACUUCAUAGUCUCCCUAAUCUCAAUAGGCUUCAUAGUUUCCAUAGACUCCAACGAUUACAUAGACUCUGUAGACUUUAUAGACCUCAUAGACUCCAUGGACUCCAUAGACUUCAUAGUCUCCCUAGUCUCAAUAGACUUCAUAGUUUCCAUAGACUCCAAAGAUUACACAGACCCUGUAGACUUUAUAGACCUCAUAGACUCCAUGGACUCCAUAGACUUCAUAGUCUCCCUAGUCUCAAUAGACUUCAUAGUUUCCAUAGACUCCAACAAUUACAUAGACUCUGUAGACUUUAUAGACCUUAUAGACUCCAUGGACUCCAUAGACUUCAUAGUCUCCCUAGUCUCAAUAGACUUCAUAGAUUCAAUAGACUCCAAAGAUUACAUAGACACUGAAGACUUUAUAGAUCUCAUGAACUCCAUAGACUUCAUUUACAACAUUGGUAAAUGGAAGAACAAUACAAUAUUUAAAAAUAAUAAUAAUUUUAACCAACAUACUGUAAACUUAUCAAGAUUUCAGUGGGAAGUGUGAGCCUGCUUCUGGCCAAUGAGAUAAUCAAGUAGGAUUGUUGUUGUGCAUUCAAGUCAUUUCAGACUUUGGUCGAGCCUAAGUCUAAAACUGAUCCUUUGAUAGCCUUCUUUGAGUCUUGAAUCUUGGCUGAUAUCAAGAAAUGGAGCUUGAGAAGCUUUGCCACUCUCAUUUUCAACGCAAGGAUGAUCAGCCGAGGCAAAAACUCUUACGAGUUGACUGCCAGCCCUCCAUUCACAAUAAUUCUUGGCCAAGUACGUACAGGAAGACCUAGAUUAUUUCAUUUCAUAACUAUGGUUUAUGCUCCCAGUCCUGAGCCCUUUGGACACAUCCAUCUGGUCCAAAACAAACUGUCAAGAGUUUUCAACGUCACCAAGAUACCCCUAGUCCUCUGUUUCCCUGUUUACUACUUCACUGCCAAGGUUUCUCUCUUUGCUUUGGGCUGCCUGUCACAUUACGAGAUGCGAGUGAAGGGAAAGAGACAGAAGCAAGCCAUUGCGUAGGAAUAAAUAGCCAAAAGGCCUCUUCCAUUGCUAGAGUCAUUCCAAUGCGGACGGAUUCUUUCUGGACUCGGGAAAGGUGGCGGAAAAAGAUAUUGGAGCAGUUACGAAUUGUGGACCUGAAGGUCACAGAUUUCCAAUUUUUGGAGACAUGCACACAUACAGCUUGGGCUUCUGCAUGCAUCUCUAUUAGGGUGUGUAUACACUAGACAUGUCCAAAAAAUAGUUUUGAAUCGUAUAUCGGAAUUAUUUCGGAUUGUUCUCACUUUUUGAUACGCAUUCCGAGACAUUGUCUCACAGCGUAAUCAGCAAUGUAAUUCGAACCAUUGUUGGCCCAUUCUCUAAUUGUCUCUUAAUGUUUUGUUAUCCCCCCCCCCAAAUUAUUUUAACGUAUUUUUAAAAAUAUAUUUUUUAAUUUUUUUUGUUUCUGCAACCUACCUUGAAUGGGAGCUUAGCUCAGCCUAACAUGGUUCUUUCACUUAGCAAGGAAAUUUCUAGUUUUCAAAGUAUCUUUGCACUCCUUGCCAGGGCAUUGCUUGGCGUGGUGGUCACUGGUCCAUUUCUAAUGGAAGGCAUUGGGUUGAGGCUUGUGGGAUUACAUAGCCAGAGACACCAUUGAUUUCGCGUCUGCCAUUUUAGAAACAUUUAGAAUCAUUACGAAUUUUCAGAAAUAUCCGAAAUUUUUGGGUGAAAAAAAUCGGAAAUACUUUCUAUAUCGAAGCGCCAUCGCCCCCUACUUUAGAAACGAGAAUUGAAACAUUUUUUUUCAUUGAUCGGACAUGCCUAGUACAUACGUAUCCACCAUUAACAAGGUACAUACGAAGAAUCGGAACUUUCGGAAAGUUUUGAACUUUUUGCUUCAAAAUUCGGAAAUGACUUUAGAAACGAAGCGCCAGCGUCCCCUACUUUCAAAGUGAGUAUUGAACCAUUUUUUUUCAUGGAUCGCACAUGCCUAAUUUCCAUACUCACUGGUCCUCCGUCAGGAUCCCGGAUGUAGCCGUAGGCAAUGGUUUUGUUGAUCGCGUGCCCAAAGUCUGCCCGGCGGAUGUGCCCAACCACUUUGCCGUUCCUCCAGAUGGCUUCCAACCCAAACAUGGGCACCUUUCUAUGGAAAGGAGAGAAAAUUACAUGAGGUAUACUAUUGGAUAUAAUGAACCAA